CGGAUGACGUAUGAUGCAAUGUGGAGUAGAGUUGUCGUAUUCUAGCAUUCGAAAUUUGGUUAUUUUCUAACAUAUUGUAUAGGUAUUAGUAGUUAUUUACGUUGACAAAGUACUUGGUGCUGUGGAAAAGUUGAAGCCAUGGCUAAUUUCGAAGAGAAGAAACAUCUUAUUACUCGUAACUUGCAAGAGGUCAUGGGUGAAGAAAAGCUGGUCGAAAUCUUGAAGCAACGAGACGUUAAAAUCUAUUGGGGCACAGCUACCACAGGCCGACCUCACGUAGCAUACUUUGUGCCUAUGUCUAAAAUAGCUGAUUUCCUUAAAGCCGGAUGUGAGGUAACAAUCUUAUUUGCAGACUUACAUGCCUAUCUGGAUAAUAUGAAAGCGCCAUGGGAUCUCUUGGCACUUAGAACUGAGUACUAUGAAUCAGCAAUAAAAGCCAUGUUAACAUCACUUGAGGUACCUUUAGAGAAACUUCGAUUUGUCCGUGGUACAGAUUAUCAAUUAAGCAAGGAGUUCACAUUAGAUGUGUACAGACUCUCAUCUGUGAUUACUGAACAUGAUGCAAAAAAAGCUGGAGCAGAGGUGGUGAAGCAAGUUGAUUACCCAGUACUAAGUAGUCUGCUAUACCCUGGCUUACAAGCAUUGGAUGAAGAAUAUUUGAAAGUUGAUGCACAAUUCGGUGGUGUUGAUCAAAGGAAAAUUUUUACAUUGGCUGAGAAACAAUUGCCUCGACUUGGUUAUGCUAAGAGGAUACAUUUAAUGAACCCUAUGGUUCCUGGUCUCACUGGUGGAAAAAUGUCUGCAUCAGAGGAGGAUAGUAAAAUUGAUUUGCUAGAUAGUCCUGCUGUUGUUAAAAAGAAGCUUAAAAAAGCUUUCUGUGAACCUGGUAAUAUAACUGAAAAUGGUAUUCUAUCAUUCACAAAACAUGUAAUAUUUCCUUUAAUGAAACAGGAUGAGGUUUUCAAAAUAUGCCGUGCGGAGGAACACGGAGGUAAUGUAGAUUAUUCCAAAUUUGAAGAUUUAGAACAGGCAUAUGCAAAGCAAGAUAUCCAUCCAGGAGAUUUGAAAGCCUCCGUAGAACAAGCUAUUAAUAAACUUUUAGCUCCUAUUCAUGAAAUUUUUAAAGAUAGUAAACUUCAAGAGUUGACUAAAAAAGCUUAUCCACCAGUGAAAAAAAUUGCAGCUGCGGCCGCUGUUGAUGAGGUAACUCCUGCUAAACUGGAUAUAAGAGUGGGUCGCAUAGUAGAAGUAUCUAGACAUCCUGAUGCAGAUUCUUUGUAUGUAGAAAAAAUUGAUUUAGGAGAAGAAGAACCAAGGGUAGUUGUAUCUGGACUUGUAAAUUAUGUUCCAAUAGAAGAAAUGCAAAACAGAGAUGUGGUGGUAUUAUGUAAUUUAAAACCUGCUAAAAUGAGGGGUAUAGAAUCAAAGGGUAUGGUUUUAUGUGCAUCUGUUGAUGAACCUAAACAGAUAGAACCACUCUUGCCACCUAAAGAUUCCCAGCCAGGUGAAAGAAUUGUUGUGGAAGAACAUGAUAAUGGUGAACCAGAUGAGGUGUUAAAUCCAAAGAAAAAGGUAUGGGAGAAAUUGCAAGUUGAUUUGAAAACAAAUGGCGAUUUAUUUGCAGUUUGGCAAGGGAAUAAACUGAUCAGCAAAGUCAGUGGUAAUCCAGUAACAACGAAAUCCUUAAUAAAUGCUCCCAUAAAGUAAUUUGUUUAGCGUUAUAAGUAAAAAUAAUUUGCUGGUAAUCGCAUUUUUGAAUUAUUACAUUUAUAAGUAUGCAUUUUACAUUAAACUUCCACAAUUACAUUCAAAUUAAAUUAUUUUGAUGUACAUAAUGUAUUUUUAUUUUGAACAAAAUAAAUAUUACUUUAAUUUUUAAA